UGAUGGUUGUGGAUUGACCCUGUCCAAGGCAGCCUUGUAGGGCGGACAAUGAUCUCAUCAUACACUAUAUCCUGCCCCAACAAGCUGAUGUCAUUCUUUACCUUUGCCAUCUUGACAUUAAUAUCCAUUGAGAUCCGAUCAAUACCUGCCAGAUCGUCAAUCUCUUAUAUGCCAUAUCCCUACUUCUAUGUCAAUCACGAUGAAUCCCACAGACCAUCCAGUACAAGAAUUCCACGAGAAACCCACCCAACAACCAACAACCACCACAGAGUCCGCCAAAGACACCGUCUCCAGUAUCGGAGAUAGCGUAUCUGACCUCGCGACGACGUCGUGGAAUGGGCUCAAAUCUACUGCGACUAAUGCUGCCUCGAAUGAACAUGUACAAAAUACUUGGACUCAGAUUCGUUCGGCGACGAUUGGUCCUGCGGAGGGGGAGACUCCGGAACCAGUAACCCGUCAUCCCCAACCUAGCGCAGAAGAGAACCGCCAGAUCGACGAGAUGGAGACGGAGAAGAUCGUCGAGUUCCUCCGAGAGAAACACCAAAGCGAUGCCCCGAAACCGGCUAUCUAGUGGACCAGACCUCUGUGUGUGGAAGUGGGAGGGAUGUGUGGAGUGGAUAUUGUACGCGCGUUGACAUUGACAUUUGCAUGGACAUAUACCCAGACAGCCAAUGAGAAGGAUAUAUUUAUCAGUUUUAUAUUUAUAUUUACAGCAAUGACCUGA